AGUUAGGCUUUUUCACUCCCAACUCCCUGCAAAGAAACAGGAGUGCUAAUCCCGACAAGGCUCCAGGGAGGGAUUAUAAUUCCACGGCUUACCUUGAUGAGUAUACUGAAAUAUUCAAGAUGGGUAGCAACAGUACCAGCAAUGCUGAGACUGACUGCAAUGCUACUAAUGUGACAUUUCAGAACUCCCUUUAUGCAACUACCUACAUCCUCAUAUUCAUCCCCGGUCUUUUGGCCAAUAGUGCAGCCUUGUGGGUUCUGUGCCGCUUCAUCAGCAAGAAAAAUAAAGCCAUCAUUUUCAUGAUCAACCUCUCUGUGGCUGAUCUUGCUCAUGUGCUGUCCUUACCUCUCCGGAUUUACUAUUACAUCAGCCACCACUGGCCCUUCCCGAAGGCCCUUUGCCUGCUGUGCUUCUACCUGAAGUAUCUCAACAUGUAUGCCAGCAUUUGUUUCCUGACGUGCAUCAGCCUUCAGAGAUGUUUUUUUCUCCUCCAGCCCUUUAGGGCCAGAGACUGGAAGCGUAGGUAUGAUGUAGGCAUCAGUGCUGCCAUCUGGAUCAUCGUGGGAACAGCCUGCUUGCCAUUUCCCCUUCUGAGAAGCACCUACUCAUCCAACAACAAUCAGUCCUGUUUUGCUGAUCUUGGUUACAAGAAAAUGAAUACUGUGGCUUUGGUUGGAAUGAUUACAGUUGCUGAGCUGGCAGGAUUUGUGUUCCCAGUAGUUAUCAUUGCAUGGUGUACCUGGAAAACUACUAUAUCCUUGAGGCAGCCACCAAUGGCUUUCCAAGGAAUCAGUGAGAGGCAGAAAGCACUGCGGAUGGUUUUUAUGUGUGCUGCAGUUUUUUUCAUCUGCUUCACUCCUUAUCAUAUUAACUUUAUUUUUUACACUAUGGUGAAGGAAACCAUCAUUAGCAGUUGUCCCAUUGUCCAAAGCACACUGUAUUUCCACCCCUUUUGUCUAUGCCUUGCAAGUCUCUGUUGUCUUUUGGAUCCCAUUCUGUAUUAUUUCAUGGCCUCAGAGUUUCGUGACCAACUAUCUCGCCAUGGCAACUCUGUGACCCGUUCCCGCCUUAUGAGCAGGGAGAGUGGUUCAUCAAUGAUUAGCUAAAAAUAAAAUACCUUUUCAAUUGUGACUUUAGCUAUGUUUUCUAGCUUUUUCCAAAGGCCAGAAUGACCAGCCAGACAAUUUGUUUAAGAAAUUUGUGAACAAUGGAAAUUUUCUUCUGUGAUAAUUGUGGUCACAAGGAUGUAAUGGUGG